UCACAUUUAUUGCCUCCAUUUUGCUCUCGUGUGUACGUGUGCGUGCGCAGUGUCGGUGUAAACUGGAGAGACAACAGGACCGAAAGCGGAGGCACUGAGAAAUCUCUACAGAAAUGGACGGCAUCAGUGAUGUUGCAGUUGGAGUGAAGAGAGGAUCAGAUGAGCUGAGUAUGUACAACAGUCCCAACUCUGGCAUGAGCAGUAUCAGCGAUGGGGCUUCCAAUGGAAGUGACAGUAAAAAGCUGAGGGUGGAGGAGGCUCCACCAUCUCGCGUGCUCCACAUCAGGAAACUACCCAAUGAGGCAUCAGAGACCGAAGUCAUCGCUCUUGGCUUGCCUUUUGGCAAAGUCACCAAUAUCCUCACGCUGAAGGGAAAGAAUCAGGCGUUCUUGGAGAUGGGGACAGAGGAGGCGGCCAUCACUAUGGUUAACUACUACACCACUGUAACUCCUCAUGUCCGCAAUGUCCCUGUCUUUAUUCAGUACUCCAAUCAUAAAGAACUCAAAACUGAUGCUGGCAAUCAGCGGACCCAGGCGGUGCUUCAGGCAGUGUCAGCGGUCCAGUCUGGCGGGUCGCCAAGCUCAGACGUACAGGAAGCGCUCGCUGCAGCCUCAAGUCCGGUGCUGCGCAUCAUCAUCGACAACAUGUUCUACCCUGUGACGCUGGACGUACUGCAACAGAUUUUCUCCAAGUUCGGCACAGUCAUGAAGAUAAUCACAUUCACCAAGAACAAUCAGUUCCAGGCCCUGCUGCAGUUCAGUGACCCCGUCAAUGCACAGCAGGCCAAACUGGCGCUGGACGGCCAGAACAUCUACAAUUCAUGUUGCACACUGCGUAUCGACUUCUCCAAGCUGGUCAACCUAAAUGUCAAGUACAACAACGAUAAGAGUCGUGACUACACGCGACCCGAGCUGCCUGCUGGGGACGGCCAGCCCAGCAUCGACCCCUCAGUGGCCGCUGCCUUCAGCAAAGACUCCAACUCCCUCCUCGGUAAGAUCCCAGGAGCCCUGAACCCCCUUAGCGCGGCAGCGGCAGCUGCUGCUGCUGCAGGGAGGGUGGCUCUGGCUGGACAGGCGGGGUCCAGUGGGGUCCUGCUGGUCAGCAACCUCAACGAGGAGAUGGUUACGCCCCAAAGUCUGUUUACCCUCUUCGGAGUGUACGGCGAUGUCCAGAGGGUGAAAAUUCUUUACAAUAAGAAAGACAGCGCUCUCAUUCAGAUGUCAGACACCAACCAGGCCCAGCUAGCAAUGAGUCACUUGAAUGGCCAAAAGAUGUACGGGAAGAUCAUCCGGGUGACCCUGUCCAAGCACCAGACGGUGGCGCUGCCUCGUGAUGGCCUAGAUGACCAGGGCCUGACAAAGGACUACGCCAACUCCCCACUCCAUCGCUUCAAGAAACCCGGCUCCAAAAAUUUCCAGAACAUAUUCCCACCAUCUGCCACCCUCCACCUCUCCAAUAUCCCACAAGAUGUGACCGAGGAUGACCUACGGCUGCUCUUCUCAAACGCUGGAGGCACUGUGAAAGCAUUCAAGUUUUUCCAGGAUCGUAAAAUGGCUCUGAUCCAGAUGUCAACAGUGGAGGAGGCCAUCCAGGCCUUGAUUGACCUCCACAACUACAACAUGGGAGGCAACCAGCACCUGAGAGUCUCCUUCUCCAAGUCCACCAUCUAAACUCCUGACAGUGCCAGGGUCUACUGUCAGAAACCUUUCGAGACUGUCUGGACACUGGGGAGCAGGGGGGACCACAUUGAUUGAAUCAGUUUUAUUGUUCGGGUUUUGUUGAUCCUGUCAUUCCUUGAGAGAGACUGAAACCUUUGACUUGCAUCCUUUUUUAAAGAGAACAAUUGAGUAUGUUGCAGAUACUGGAUCCUCCCAGCUAUUCUUACCUGUACCUCUGUAUUUUCUAUGUCAAACAAAACAUUGACAUGAAUGAUUGUCCCCCUGUAUGAUAGGUUGAUGUAGAUUGGUGUUUAAUUCUUGAUUUAGUUGAAAAGAUACAGUAAUUAUGUGCCUUACUUGACAAUAUCAACUGUUUCUACAGCUGGACAUGUUCAUUAAUUACCCUCGUAUGCUUUUGAGGCACAUGGAUAUUUUUGGAGGUCGGUGAGAGUCAUUAUUACAGUUUUUGAAGUCAACCAAGCGUAGCUUUUUUUGUUGUGUUUUAAGAGUUUUAGAUUUAUGACACUUCUUUUGAGUUCAGGAGAGGAUUUCCUGAGGCAACAUGUAAGUUUCUACAGCAGCCUGCGACAGGCAGUUUAACUUGAAUUCCAUUAUUCCACAAGUUACGUUUCAGUGCUAGGUUGUUCUGCCCCAGCUUGAUUUCACACACCGUCACAUAUCCCAACGUGGCUCGUGGCUUAAGUAUUUCUUUAUCUGUGUUUUUUGAAGCCUUUUUCCCCCCAUAGCAGUGAGGUGUAAUUGUCAGUGACAAUGUUUUUUUUUUUUUCUAAGCAUGUAUAGCUGUGAUAGGACUUCACAUCAGAAAGUGUUGCAUGCUGUGGAAGCAGUUUGAAGAUUGAGUCCACUGUGAUUUUAUUUUCAUGUGACCGUUUACUCGAGAGGGCUACUCAGUUGGACCAAAGUUUCUGUGCCUUUAGUGUUCCUUUAAUUCAUUUUAACAAAAAAAAAACAAGCAUUUGAAAAUACUGAAAUGAUGCAUUUCAGGGAAGAAUGCACAGAAUUUUAAGUGUCAAGUUUAUUCCCGUUUCUUUUUUAAUACCCGACCUCUUGACCCAGAGGUGCUCAGAAAUAAUAGUUCUGUAUAUUUUUUUCUUCCAAGUCCAAUUUUAUACAGCUCAAAAUGUAAGGAUUUGGUAUAGGUCUGAAGAGGCGCAAUUAAAGGCUGAAUUAUUUUCUAACAAAAGGGGAGGUGCGACUUGGUUUCCUGCUUUUUUUGAGUUUUCCCUCUCAUGGUCUCUCUCGUGUAUUCUGCAUUACUUCUGUAGCAUGCCUAAUAAAACUGUUCUGUAGCUCUG